UUUGCGUGCGCCACAUUUCAUGAAUUCUCUGUCUGGUGCGGCAUCUGUAGUGGCUGAUGAUUUGGUUGCUUCAAUUACAGGGGUUGUCAGUUUAUUGUUGGCUGGGAAAUUCCCUAGUGUUUUAGGCGAGUUCAUUGCUAGUGCUCCCCUAAAACCAUUAUUGAAGCCGGGUGGUGGUCUCAGGCCCAUAGCUGCUGGUACCAUAUGGCGUAGAUUGGUCUCCAAGAUAGCUGUUUUUUCCGUCGGAAAGGCCAUGAUUUCUUAUUUGGGGGAUCACCAUUUCGGUGUUGGUGUGCCUGUUGGUGGGGAAAGUAUUUUACAUGCUGUAAAUAACUUGCUGGAGUUUAAGGGUCAGUCUGCCGGUUUGUCAAUGUUGCUUGUUGACUUCUCCAAUGCUUUUAAUUUGGUUAGACGGACUCAUCUCAUACAGGAAGUUCGACUUCAUUGUCCAGCAAGGGGAUCCUCUCGGUCCGCUGUUGUUUGCCUUGACCCUUCAUCCGCUUGUGAAAUCAAUUGCUUCUCAAUGUAAACUUGAUUUGCACGCUUAAUACCUUGAUGAUGGAACUAUUAUUGGGGACACUCUGGAGGCGUCCAAAGCUCUGAAUAUCAUUGAGUCUGAGGGGUCUGGUAGGGGCUUACAUCUCAAUAUAAAGAAAACAGAGGUCUUUUGGCCCACUGUUGAUCCUAGAAGCUUUGAUGAUGAUGUGUUUCCUCAAGAUAUUGGCAGGCCAACUGCAGGGGUUAAACUUUUGGGUGGGCCAGUUAGUCUUGAUUUGAACUUUAUCAGCGAGACGGCGGUUGCUAGAGUUCAUAAGACUAUCUAUCUAAUGUCUUCCAUCAAAAAAAUCAGGGACCCUCAGAGCGAGAUGUUAUUACUUCGCAAUUGCACCGGUGUGUCCAGACUGUACUUUGCUAUGCACACUACCAACCCUGCUGCUUUACAAGCAGCCACCGUAUUAUUCGAUGAUCACUUAUUUCAGUACUUGAGACUCUUGGUCACGGGAGAUGGUGCAGGGUUUGGUCCGCUUCAGCGGUGAAUCGCUACUCUUCCUCUUAAGGAGGGUGGACUUGGCAUUGACACUAUGCCGGACACUCGUAAUUACUGUUACCUUACUUCUCAGAGUCAAACGGUUUCGGUUCAAAAGGUGAUUCUUGGAUAUUUAUUCUCUUCAGACAAAGGCUCUGCUUAUCAGUCGGCUCUUCAGAACUUUAUCCAGGUUUGUGGUUUACCUUCUAAUUAUUGUGUUGAUGAUACUGCCCCCUCCCUUCUAUGCACUCCCUGGCAGUUACUUAUUUCGACGCAGUUAAGAAGCAAAUCCCAAACCAAUUUUCAAUGUCUGCAAGAGAUUCCAUUUUGUGGCAGUACAACCGUGUUAAUCACACUCAGGAUUACCUGUUGGAUGUACCUAUUAGUGGCCUGAAUCAAUGCCUUUGUCCAAGACAGUUUCGUGCAGUUGUUUGUUAACGACUUGGUAUCUCUUUGUUUGCCGAAGGUGGCCUGUGUUCCAGUUGUAACAUACCCAUGGAUAUUUUUUGGGACCAUGCUCUUCAUUGUGCCAAGGAUGUUGGGAUCAAAUAUCGUCAUGACCAAGUACGUGAUGUAGUCGUUGACAUUUGUCACAAAGCUGAUGUGCCUGUGCGUAAGGAAGCGGACCUUGGGCUUCAGUCUGAUGACAAUAAAGACUUACACCCUGCGGAUAUCCUUGUUCUUAAUUGGGAGGAUGGUCAAGAUGUUUGUAUGGAUGUUACAGGUGUCUCUCCCUUUACUGGUGAAGGUGUUCGUAAUUUUGUCCCGGGUCAGGCUAUUUCUAAUGUUGUUCUGCGCAAAAGGAAGAAGUACUUGGAUCAAUGCACUUCACAUGGUUAUGGUUUAGGUGUCUUAGCCUUUACCACUCUGGGUGAACUUGGUGAUGAUACCUUAUGUUUUUUUAAGAGAUUGAAGAAUUGUAUUGUCAGUAAUGAUGUUAGUAGAGAUGUCGGGAAAUUUCUUUUUUAUAGGCUAGGUGUCGCUAUUCAGAAGGGGGUUGGUGCUCAGCUUGUUGCUAGGCUUCCAACUAAAGUUCUAUAUGACUCUAUAUAAACUACUUUUUUCGUACGUAAAAAAAAAAAAUUAAUAAUAAUAACUUUUUUUUUUGCA